AUGAUAUUAUUCGUUAUUUCUAUGCUCAUACUGCUCCUCGCCUGCCUUUCUACCGCCCAAUAUGCCGGCAUCCUUGACGUGAACGAUCCAAGCUGCCCUCGACGCAAUGGCCCGCAUCUACACUACGAAUGGAUCUUUGACCGAGCGGAGGGUUACCACUGCUACAAUAUUCCGAUGGAGGAAUAUCACUACUAUUUGUCCAUGAAAGCUAGUCGUCGGGGCCCUGCCCUCGGAGCGCCGGAUGUUUUUGGGAUUUGCAAAUUCCCGGAUUGCAGAGCCAGCAACUGCACCUAUUGGAAAGUGGCAUCGGACGAGACGUCGGAUAACGUGCAUAUGCCGUGUAUGAAGGUCUAA